CUUGACCGUAGCAGCGCCUAGUCGCGAGCGCGAUUUGGACAACUCCUCUGAUCCUCUCAGAGACGCUUAUUUGAUUGGUGCGAUCGUGUUCAUCUCGCGAUUAUUUCCUUCUUGUCGCCAUGGAUCGCGCUCCGCAAACUUACGAGCCAACUUAUGAAACACACUCGGAAGUAGUUGAAACAACUGCGGUGGUCAAUGUUGCAUUUGUCAAAAGCAUGGGUGGCAUACUGAAGAUAUGUGAGGAAUUCUGCACACUGAUCAUCUCGACUUUCUUCUGGUUCAUCGCCUUUAUUGUAGCCGCUUCAAUGCAUUAUAUCGCUGGUGGAGCCAUUGCUGCAGCUAUAUUCUCGGCGGUUGCUAUGGCCCUGUACAUAGCUGAAUUGGUCACUCGUUUCCGGGUUUCAAGACAACCUGGUGGGUUGCGGAUCACAAUGACUGGGGUGACAGCGACCACCACAACUGCCUACCCGCAUGUGGCUCCGUCCACCGUGCCAACUAUACAUACUCAACCACCUAAUUCUGCGGAACCCCGUUUAGGAUUUGCCGGUGGGUAUCCUGGUGAGCACGGGGAUGAAGGCUACGUGAUGGCAUCCUAA